AUGCGAGGUUGGUGCGUGUUAGCAACGGCGAAUACGAGCUGCGUGAGCGGUUCUCGUAAUGGUAACGAGACGCUCGUCUCUCACCACCAUCAUCAUCAACAUCCGGACGACGAAACGCGAUGUGAACGACGAUCAACGACUUACCGGCAACGAAUUUCAAAGAUAUCAGUGUUCCUAACGGUAUUGAUUUUAACGAUAGUCGCCGAAGACAAACCAACGAACACGGUAUCGGUGUCAUCGAGUUCACCGGGACUACAAAGCAACACGCUACAGAAGCUGAUCAAGAUAUUGGAGAAAUAUGGUCUGGAGGAGCAGAGAGGAUUGAAGAGGGUCUACCUAAGCAACAGGUCGAUCACUUGCAACGAUGGCUCGCAGGCGGGCUUUUACCUACGUAAAUCCCACGGUUCGAAGAGGUGGAUCAUUUUCUUAGAAGGUGGCUGGUAUUGUUAUGAUCAUAAGAGCUGUAGAAAUAGGUGGCUCAAAUUAAGACAUCUUAUGACAUCAACACAAUGGCCCGAAACUCGUGACGUUGGUGGAUUGUUAUCAGGAAAUCCGGAAGAGAAUCCAUUCUGGUGGAAUGCGAAUCACGUAUUUGUACCUUAUUGUACCAGCGACAGUUGGAGUGGUACGAGAAGCUCGCUAAACGAUAUGUUUUCCUUUAUGGGAGCUGAGAUCGUCUCGCAGGUUGUCCGAGAUCUGUUACCACUUGGCCUUGAAAAUGCAAGCUCAUUGCUACUUGCUGGUAGCAGUGCCGGUGGAAUUGGUGUCAUGUUGAAUCUUGAUCACGUGCAAAAUUUAGUUCACGAAGAGUUAGGAUUAAAAAAUGUAGCCAUACGUGGUGUCUCAGAUUCAGGCUGGUUUCUUGACAGAGCACCGUACUCGCCGAAUGGUUUAUCACCUGUCGAUGCUGUCCGCAAGGGAAUGGAACUUUGGAAAGCACGUAUACCACACAAUUGCGUUGUUAAGCAUCCUGACGAGCCUUGGAGAUGUUACUUUGGUUAUCGGCUUUAUCCGACCUUGACUGCUCCUUUGUUCGUUUUUCAAUGGAUAUUCGACGAGGCCCAGAUGUCUGUGGACAACGUUGGUGCACCUGUAACAAAACAACAAUGGGAUUACAUUCAUAAAAUGGGUGAUAGUUUGAGGCAGACUUUCGAAAAUGUCAGCGCGGUCUUUGCACCUAGCUGCAUCAGCCACAGCGUUUUAACUAAAAGGGAUUGGCAAUUGGUUAAAAUAGAUGAGGUGUCUUUGGCACAAGCGUUGCAUUGUUGGGAACUAAUGACACUUGAAAAUCAUCAUAAUGAAACUUUGUCCGAAAUCGAGACGAAUCAGCCGUGCACGAAAUCGUUGAGAAAACUUCUCCGUUCCGGUCAGACGAAGAAUAACGGGACGUUGAUUCAACUGAGAAGAGCUGAAAAAAAUAAUCUACCAACUGAGACGAGGAAAAAGAAUUAUUCGAACUUCACUAGUGAAAAAAUGGAGGAGAAAGCGAAUAAUACGACUUCCGAUCCGGAAAGAGAAAAUAAAAAGAGGAGAAGAAGAAAGCAUAAAGGUAGAAGAAGGGAUAAGAAUAAGGAUGGAAGGAUGAAAAAGGAAAAACACGAAAGAAGAAAAGCCUCGGGACGAAGAAAAGGUGGGAAACAAAGUAACAACAACACCCACGCAGGAAUGUUCAAUGGUACGAGGCCACAACGUUCAGUGAUAUCUAACGGAAAACGGAAAUGCAUCCACCAGGGCUGUCACUUCCGAUUGAUAGAGCGUUGCACUUGGCCACAAUGCAAUCACAGCUGUCCUAAGCUUCACAAUCCGUUCACUGGAGAAGAGAUGGACUUUAUCGAGCUGCUUAAGAGCUUCGGCCUCGACAUGAUGAGCGUAGCUAAUGCUUUAGGUAUCGACAUACAGACCUUGAACAAUAUGGGCAACGAUGAACUGUUAAAUCUUCUUACGCAACAACCUAACUAA